UUCCAAAAUAUUCACGAUCCUGACUUCGAACCUCACAAAUACCAAAUUGUAAUCCCGCCAACGGAUCACAAAUCUCCUCUAGAUUUCCUCCGCAUUUUCUCUCCUUCCUGAAAUCCUCAUUCACCUCUCUUCUUUUCUCAUGGCGGAGUAUGAUAUUCAAAAUCAAAACCACUCAUUUUGAUUUGAUUUCAAAUGGAAUUCUCAAAAUUCAAUCCAAAGUUAUCCAGAUUAACGUUUUGUGGUAGUUAAAUUCGACACCUUUAAAUGAUUUUGCGGUCUUCUUCUCCGUUUAAUUUCCCCACCAAAGUUGGAACUGGAAUCGGAAUAGACAGUAAGUUGUUUCUUGGUAUUCUUCUUUCACACAGUAAUCAACAUCAACAUCAUAGAAAAAGAAGAAGAAGAAGAUUGGAGUGUAUAGGUUGUUGUAUGCUCCCAGCCAAUACUGGUGGUGGGAACCCUAAUUUUGAUUCUGAUAGGCAGAGUGCUGUGAAAUCUCUAGGGUUUUCAGAUGAAUUAGAUGAUGAAUAUAGAGAAAUUGAAGCUGAGAAUUCGAUACAGGUACCAUCGAAUUUCACUAGUUUUCAACAAGAUCCAUUAGUAGCUAAGCUAAGAACACAAUUAGGAGUAAUUCAUCCAAUUCCAUCUCCUCCUCCAAUAAACCGUAAUAUCGCAGGUCUUUUUGUGUUUUUUUUCUUAGUAGGAGUUGUUUUUGAUAAAGUAUGGACAUCUAGAAAGAAAAUUGAGUUGAAAAGAGAGAAACCAGCUACUUGGCCUCAAGUGCCUACUAGUUUUUCAUUGUUUCUCGAAAAGGAUUUGCAGAGAAAAGAAUCGGUGGAAUGGGUUAAUAUGGUUUUGGGGAAGUUGUGGAAAGUAUAUAGAGUUGGUCUUGAGAAUUGGUUAAUUGGAUUGCUUCAGCCUGUUAUCGAUAAUCUUAAGAAGCCGGAUUAUGUUGAGAGAGUUGAAAUUAAGCAGUUUUCGUUAGGGGAAGAGCCUCUUUCUGUCAGAAAUGUCGAGCGCAGGACUUCUCGUCGGGCUAAUGAUUUGCAGUACCAAAUUGGACUCCGUUAUACUGGUGGUGCGCGUAUGUUGUUGAUGCUCACGCUCAAAUUUGGGUUCAUUCCAAUUAAAGUACCAGUUGGUAUUAGAGAUUUUGACAUUGAUGGAGAGUUAUGGGUGAAAUUGCGCUUAAUACCAACAGAACCUUGGGUGGGAGCUGUCUCAUGGGCUUUUGUUUCGCUUCCGAAAAUAAAUUUCCGGCUAUCACCAUUCCGUUUGUUCAAUGUGAUGGCAAUUCCUGUUCUCUCAAUGUUCUUGACAAAACUCCUCACUGAGGAUCUUCCUCGGCUCUUUGUACGUCCAAAAAAAAGUGUUCUAGAUUUCCAGAAGAUAACAGCAGUUGGUCCUAUUUCAAAUGAUAUUAUUCAGGAUUCAAAAAAGGAUUUUGUUGGAGAACUGUCAGUGACUCUAGUAGAUGCUCGAAAGCUUCCUUACUUUUUCUCUGGGAAAACGGAUCCAUUUGUGGUUCUAAGCUUAGGUGAUCAAGUAAUGCGCAGUAAAAAGAACAGUCAAACCACAGUUAUUGGGCGACCUGGUGAACCAAUAUGGAAUCAGGAUUUUGAUAUGCUUGUUGCCAACCCAAGGAAGCAAAAAUUACAGAUCCAGGUCAAAGAUAGUCUUGGAUUCACAGAUUUGACCAUUGGUACUGGGGAGGUUGAGCUGGGAUCUCUUCAGGACACCGUCCCUACAGACAAGAUUGUAGCCCUAAAGGGAGGUUGGGAUCUAUUUAGGAAGGGUUCUGCUGGAGAAAUAUUACUCCGGUUAACAUACAAAGCGUAUGUUGAGGAUGAAGAAGAUGAUAAAACCAAGGAAGAAUCUGUAGAUCCCGAUGUUUCUGAUGACGAGAUGUUGGAUUCUGACGAAGCAGACACAACACCAGAACAGCCUCAAGGAACCUCAGAUGCAACAGAGAAAGAAUCUUUCAUGGAUGUACUUGCAGCUUUGAUCGUAAGUGAGGAAUUUCUUGGGAUAGUGGCAUCUGAAACAGGAUAUUCAAAAACUACUGAAGAUGUCACGAAAUCGGCAUCAUCUCGAGCACAAACACCUGAUCGUCUUGCAGAUAGCGUACCUCCUGGUCCAGGAAGUGGUGUCGUUAGUCCUGAAGAUUCAGCAUUGUUUUGGUUUGCGGUGAUAACAAGUGUCGCUGUGCUGAUAGCGUUCAAUGUGGGUGGUUCAAGUUUCUUCAAUCCUUGAUUAUGUACAGGCUGGACCUGUGAAGAGAACCAGCGUUCCAUUACUCUUUAAAUCAAGUAAUUUUGGAAACUUCACUAUUUCCAUUUUUACUGCCAUUGGUACAGUAUCUCAUAAUUUUUUGCUUUGUUUAUCUCCUCUACUGAGUUUCUUUUCCAGAAGCUUGAUUAACAAAUGAUUCUUUUUUCUGGAAAUGGGGUGAGCCGCGGCACUAUUUGUGGUACAAACCGUUCUCAACUUAAAAAUAUAGGAUCUAUACCUACCUCAAUACCAUUAACUGACAACGGAUGUAUGUCUAAGAUUCACACCCUUAUGCUGAGAAGCUAGAACUAAAAUACUUACUCCAGUAGCUUUAAUAAUGCUGAGAAGCUAGAACUAAAAUUACUUACUCCAGUAGCUUUAAUAAAUUGAAUUCCUGAAAGGCUAAAAAUUUAAUAAAGCUACUACUUCAGGGUUUUGCUUUUCUUA